AAGAAAUCCACAGAGCUGCUGGAACAACGCGCCUGUAGGCUGUAUAGUCGAUGUAGUCUUGAUUCCCUCACAGUAGUAUGUGUGAAUCUGCCGCGCAGCCAGUCCCAUGAAAUCCUCACAGAUUCGCAGAUUUGAAGCAACUUGUUGACGUUUCUCUCCUCCACUGAAGCGGACCGGAUCGCAGGAGCAGGAGCACCGCCAGGAAGCACCCGUGCUUCUCCCCAGAGUGUUUAACUGUUUGGCUGCAGAAGACAAACACACACUGAGCUGCGCCUUCAUGGAUCAGAUGGAUGUCCACACUUUUUUUUUUUUACACUUUAUGGUUGAACUUUGGGGCAAAACAAAUCGGUUUUUGAACAAACUGUUUUAAUAGAAGCAGGAUGACAUUAAUCGUAGUUUGUGGGACUUUUGAUAUGGCAGGGUUUGAAUGCGUUUGGCUGCUGUGUUCAUACACGUACACGCACGCGCCACCUGCUAGUGGAGACGUGAAGCAGCUUCAGCAGCUACACCUCCAGAGCCCAUCUGCUGGUUCCGUCUGAAUGUACCCGGUCUCCUGUUUCAUUUGUUUCGUGUUGUUGGACGUGCGUAAAAGAGGGACACUCUGUCUGGAUUCUCUGAUAUCUUCUCUGCUCCGUUUUGUAUCGAAGAGGAGGAGAGAGAUUCGCCAAAUGGAGGUGCAAUUUGGAUGAAGAUAAUGCAGAGGACACGUCAUGAGAACGGGGACAGGGAUAAGCCAACACGCGAGCAUUCAACAGAGGGAACUUUCAGCAAACUUUCAUAAAACUGACAAAAACUGCAUGGACAUCCACAAGCUGGAUGAUUUUCUUCGCCUCUCUUUGAUGUGGAUGUAACUUUUUUAGUUCAGGCUUUCCAAAGUUGUAAAAAAUCAGACAAGGAAACAUCAAGUUUGGCCCCCCAAAAUAUUAAAGGCUUCACAUGGGCUUGAAAAGAGAUAAGAGAGAGAGACAACAAGCCAAACCUUGUGUAUCUGUCGUCAUCUUCUUCCUACACGUGGCUCCCCGCUCGGCUUUAUUGAAAAGGAGGAGCCCAUUAACGCAUCUGAAAGAUAGGAAAGGCACGGUCUGAAGGUGUUGCUGCCUGCUGUCUGCUGGUUGGAGAUGAGAUAAGAGAACUGGGGAAGAGAGAGAAAAGACGUGGCCAGUCUGACCGGAGCUGAAUACCAAUUAGGAUUCUUGUCUCCCUGCAGCAACAAAAGUGAGGCGACUCAAUAUCGGAGGGAAGCAAAAUGGUCCAAUUAGCCGGCUUCAAUUACAGGAGCAUUUUGCGGAGAACUGAAAUGAUGGAGUAAAAUGUUUUUGCUAAAGGUGGAUGUGAAAUCAAAAUUGCAAUACAAAGGAUGGGAAAUAAUGAAGGAUGAUGACAGACAAGCUUUAGCCUGAGCUGAUCCAUGUGCAGUCUAAGCUAACGAUGUUCAGGCUGCUCUGAAAAGAAGUUUGAAGGCGAUGAUGGAGCUGGAUAACAGCUCGCUGGAUUUCUUCACCAGCAACUUCACAGAGAUGCCCGACAACGCGACGGCCCCACCGUGGAGCGAGGCGACGCUGCUCGGCCUCCAGAUCUCCCUCUCCGCAAUCUUAGCGCUCGUCACCCUGGCCACCGUGCUUUCGAACGCCUUCGUCAUCGCCACCAUCUUCCUGACCCGGAAGCUCCACACGCCCGCCAACUUCCUGAUCGGCUCCCUCGCCGUCACGGACCUGCUCGUGUCGAUCCUAGUCAUGCCGAUUAGCAUCCUGUACACCGUUAGCAAGACCUGGUCGCUGGGGCAGAUCGUGUGUGACAUCUGGUUGUCGUCCGACAUCACUUUCUGCACCGCCUCCAUCUUGCACCUGUGCGUCAUCGCGCUGGACCGCUACUGGGCGAUCACCGACGCUCUGGAGUACUCGAAACGCCGCACCAUGCGCCGGGCGGCGGUCAUGGUCGGCGUAGUGUGGGUGAUCUCGAUAUCGAUCUCCAUGCCUCCUCUCUUCUGGCGGCAGGCCAAAGCCCACGAGGAGGUGACAGAGUGCAUGGUGAACACAGAUCAGAUCUCGUACACCCUCUACUCCACCUUCGGCGCCUUCUACGUGCCGACGGUGCUCCUCAUCAUCCUGUACGGACGCAUCUACGUGGCGGCCCGCUCCCGCAUCUUCAAGACGCCGUCCUCCGGGAAACGUUUCACAACCGCGCAGCUCAUCCAGACCUCUGCUGGCUCGUCUCUCUGUUCUCUUAAUUCUGCCUCCAACCAGGAAGCACACCUACACGCUCUGGCAGCAGGAGGAGGAGGAGGAGGAGGAGGAGGAGGUGGGACACCGCUGUUCAUGAAUAGUGUGAAAGUGAAGCUGGCAGACAGCGUGUUGGAGAGGAAGAGGCUGUGCGCGGCCCGGGAGAGGAAGGCGACCAAGACGCUGGGCAUCAUCUUGGGCGCGUUCAUCGUCUGUUGGCUGCCGUUCUUUGUGGGCACGCUGGUCUUGGCCAUUUGUAAAGAGUGCUGGUUCGACCCGUUGCUCUUUGAUAUAUUCACCUGGCUGGGGUACCUGAACUCCCUCAUCAACCCUGUGAUCUACACCGCGUUCAACGACGAGUUCAAACAGGCCUUCCAGAAACUCGUCAAGUUCAGGCGAUUCUCUUAAGACAAAAACUUCUCAGAGGAUUAAAAACUCUUAAAACUCGUUAAAAGACGAACGAAACAGAAGAUAUUUACGAUAAUGAAAAGUGCUGUACACUUUAAUGUCCCAUCUUGUAAACACAUGCUAGCUGUGAUUUAUUUUUUGACAUCAAACAGCUCUGUGCCAUAGCUCUUUAGAUUCUUACAGCAUAUCCUAUUGAGACUCCUGCAUGCAUGUCUAAGAAAGGGGAAAAAAUCUUGACCCCCCUUCCCCCUAAAUUGUUGAAGUCACCUUAAAAGAGAAAGAAGAUUUAAAGUUUAUUUUUUUGUCACUGCUGCUGUGAUUCCACGGACUAAAGCAAAACCAUUUAUAAAGAACCAGGAUUUGGUGUUUAACUGUACAUAAGGGAACAAACUCAGAGUGAUGAGAUUUGCUCCAGUGACAAUGAAAAGCCAUGAAAUAUAUAUGUCGUCUUAAUCUCUGUGUCAUUCUGUAAACUGCUGCUCUUUUCUGAUGUUUCUGUGGUACAGUAAAGUACUUAGAACAAUGAAAACAAA